GAAUUUUUCAUCUAAACGACCUUGACAGAAACAUCAACAAGGUUACGGUAUUCUACACAUGGCAGAAUGUUUACUUCGCUUCUGAGAAGGGUUCUUCAACCAAAAAAGAUAAUUCAGACAAGCAGGAGGAACUUAUUUGCCUCACAGCAAUUGUUUAGUCCAACAAAAUCUGACAACUUGCCAGAGCACAGUGAUGAGGUACUCCAUGCCCCAUUGUACAUGUUCACAGAAGAAGAAACAAUGAUGAAGGAAACAGUGGCGAAGUUGGCAAAAGACAAGAUUGAACCCUUGGUGAGAGAGAUGGAUGAAAAGUCACAAAUGGACCCCUCAGUUAUCAAAGCAUUGUUUGAAAAUGGGGUAAGACGAAGUUAUUAUGCAAAUUAACCAG